AUGGCGAAGUGGAAUGCAACAGCUCGUGGACAGAUCGCCGCUCCGAUCGACAAGGUCUGGAAAAUCACGUCCGAUUUCGGGGGUCUGAUGGAGUGGUGCGACACUGGCGCCAUGAAAUCCUGCGAGAUCGCGGAGGGCGAGAAUGGGAUUCCCGGCUGCGUGAGGAAGAUCACGGCCGCAUUGCCCGACAAUGGAGGCAGCGCGGAGAUUCUCGAGACGCUGCUGGAGCUGGACGACGCGAAUCACGUCCUGAGGUACAAGAUCCAGGCCCCGGAGAUGCCCCUCCUCCAUGCCACUCUCAAGCUUUUGGAUCGCGAUGGGAGCACGGAGAUCGAAUGGGGCUACGAGGUCGAUGCCGAUCCCGCGGAUCCGGCCAAGGAGCAGCAAAUCGCCGACGCUGUUCUUGGGAUCUACAAUGGGGACAUUGAAAAUCUCAAGAAGAUCGUCGAAUGA